CUUCGCUUGUUUCGCCCGGCUUUUCAUCCUCCUCUUCCUCCUCUCUUCUUCCCCUCCUCUUCUUCUUUUCUUUCCUCUCCUCACGCAUCUUUCUCUCUCUCUCAUCGUCCUUUACAUUCCCCCUUCUCCUCCAUCACCAUGAGCGACAUCACCCACCCCACCAUCAAGGAUGGCUGGUUCUCCGAGCAGUCCGUCAUGUGGCCCGGUCAGGCCAUGAACCUCAAGGUCAACCAGAUCCUGCACCACGAGAAGUCCAAGUACCAGGAUGUCCUCGUCUUCGAGAGCAGCGACUACGGCACCGUCCUGGUCCUGGACAACGUCAUCCAGUGCACCGAGCGCGAUGAGUUCUCCUACCAGGAGAUGAUCACUCACCUCGCCAUGAACGCCCACCCCAACCCCAAGAAGGUCCUGGUCAUCGGUGGUGGUGAUGGUGGUGUGCUCCGUGAGGUCGUCAAGCACGAGUCCGUCGAGGAGGCCAUCCUCUGCGACAUUGACGAGGCCGUCAUCCGUGUCUCCAAGAAGUACCUGCCCGGCAUGAGCAUCGGCUUCCAGCACCCUAACGUCAAGACCCACAUCGGUGACGGCUUCGAGUUCCUCAAGGCUCGCAAGAACGAGUUCGACGUGAUCAUCACUGACAGCUCCGACCCCGAGGGCCCCGCCGAGAGCCUCUUCCAGAAGCCCUACUUUGAGCUCCUGAACGGUGCGCUCCGUGAUGGAGGUGUUAUCACCACACAAGCCGAGAACCAAUGGCUCCAUCUCUCCCUGAUCGCCGACCUCCGCAAGGCCUGCAAGGAGGUCUUCCCCGUCGCCGAAUACGCCUACACCACCAUCCCCACCUACCCCUCCGGCCAGAUCGGCUUCAUGGUCUGCUGCAAGGACGCCUCCCGUAACGUCCGCGAGCCCAUCCGCUCCUGGUCCCGCGAGGAGGAGGAGCGUCUCUGCCGCUACUACAACUCGGAUGUUCACCGUGCCAGCUUCGUCCUGCCCAACUUUGCCCGCAAGCUCCUGAACUAGAGAUUUUUUUUUUAAAACAAUGAAAAAUAACGAACCCAACGAACAAAAAAACAAAAGUUUGAAACAAAUCCCAUUAGAUCAUGUCUUUAUAUCAUUACCUCGAACAAAUGGGUAUCGUCUCUCCGACAGUAUGUCUAGCAGUGUCGGUUUAAUAUCUCCUUUUUUCCUCUUUUCUUUUCCAAGUGGGACAUCCGCACGGGUGCUGCUGGUGGGACGCAUUAUUAGUGACGAUCUGACGAUGAUGAGAUUAUUCAAUCCAUGUUUUAUACUUAC